UACAAUAAAGCUAUCCCCUUCCUUGGGUGUGUGAUUCAGAUGUUUUUCUUCUUGUUAUUGGGAGGUUCCGAGUGUUUCCUCCUGGCUGCCAUGGCUUAUGACCGCUACGUAGCCAUAUGCAAUCCCUUACGCUACACAGUAAUUAUGAAGAAGGGGAUGUGUGUCCAGCUGACCUUAUUUUCCGGGUUCUCUGGCGUUGUGGUGGGAACAGUCCAAACCACGUGGGUGUUUAGUUUCCCAUUUUGUGGCCCAAAUAAGGUAGAUCACUUUUUCUGUGACAGCCCACCUGUGUUAAAAUUAGCAUGUGCAGACACUUACCUGUUUGAGAUAUAUGCUGUCACUGGAACUAUUUUAAUUGUUCUCUUCCCAUUUAUGCUCAUUGUGGUUUCCUAUGUCUGUAUCCUCAGAACCAUCUUAAAAAUACCAUCAGCCCAAGGCAGACACAAAGCUUUUUCCACUUGUACUUCACAUAUUGUUGUGGUGAUUUUGUUCUAUGGCACAGCUGGACUUACCUAUUUCCAGCCAAGAUCUAGUGAUUCCCCAGAGCUUAAGAAACUCUUGUCAUUAUCUUACACAGUCUUCACCCCCAUGCUGAAUCCUAUUGUCUACAGUUUGAGAAAUAAGGAAGGAAGGGGAGCCACGCAAAAAGUGUUAUGCAGGAAACUGCAGGAACUGCAUUUGUAA